CCCACUGUGCCGAAGGAAGCAAAUCGAAACUCCUCAAUGAGUUCACCUUCAGAUCAAUAGUUUGUCCCCCUUUCUCUGAAGUCUUCAUUUUAUUCGUUUGGUGAUUUGACAGAAUGAAUGGCUCCCUGCACUCCUCACCCAACGUGGUGGACAUAAAACUGAAGCGAGGACCGGCAGGCUUGGGAUUCAAUAUAGUUGGGGGCGUGGACCAGCAGUAUGUUGUGAAUGACAGUGGCAUAUAUGUGUCCAAAAUAAAAGAAGAUGGAGCUGCAGCUUUGGAUGGAAGACUCCAAGAGGGGGACAAGAUCCUGGCGAUCAACGGAGUCAAGCUUGAGGAUCGGACACACAAACAUGCGGUGGAGCUGUUCAGGACAGCAGGGGAUGACGUGGAGCUCCGUGUUCUGAAAAAGUUGCCUCAUCACAUGAACGGACCCACAGGCUCGCAACCCGAGCACGAAUCCUCUGUGUCUUCUCUGGGAGUGCUGGCCGCAUUAGCGGGAGUGGCAGCCAUCUUUGCAUUCAUUUACAUGCGGAACCUUAGGAAGCACCUUUAACUCAGCCGACGUCUGUAUGUCAUUUUUAAGAUCAAAAACUUUGCUUAAGGCCAAAGAAGUGAAAGAGGGAACAAACUCAAAACGGUAGACGUUAUUUUCUUGAUUAGUUGGUGUUGGUGUCACUGAUGAGUUUCUCCAUGUUCAUGUGUAUUAUGUGAUUAAUGGUAGCUUCUUCUUGACACCCUUCCUAUGCAAAAGGAUGCUCUCUUACCGCAGAGGUGACUUUUUAAUAGAUAACUUUGUGAUUGUGAGGCGGAAAGAACGAACACAUGACAUUCCUGCUGCUGAGCUGAGCUGGGCUGAGCUCAGGCAGAACAAACAGCUGCCCGUGCACAGCGGUUGUAUAUGCAGAAAACUAUUAAAUCUUUGGGUCAAGUCAGACUGACUCAAGCUUCAGGGUCCAUUUACAAACUGAAAGACAGUGUUGUGCUCAGUCACUCGUUGGCCUCCCUCUACCUCCAUCACUGAAUGGCAGAUCUGUCUGAGGGGCGACGUGACAGGAACCCACUGUUCUUUCAGCUUGUCAGUGUUCAAAAUUCAUGCGACUGGAUUUGAUUUUCAUUUUGCACAGAAUCAUGGGAGAAGUGUCGUCUUGCUGUGGGACGGAAAAAGCCUGCAGUUAAUGUGAUAAAUUGUGUAAUGGUCUUUAGAGUGCCUUUUUCUGUCUGUCCCGAGCGAUGAUAGGGUUUGGUUCUUGUUGCUCCGUAUCAUGAUCAAAAUAAAAGUCCAACCCACUACAUCCAUUAAUACGUCACAUUAAAGGAUGUGGCUGCUGAUAAUCUGUAUUUUCUUAUUGUCCGACAGCCCCACUCUAACAAUGAGUCAGUCCAUCUCUCGGUACUUUCCGACUUCCUCUGCCUCAAGCCCAUUUGUUCAACAUGUAAAUCUUCAUUUUCAGAAAUUGCUCUGUCGGCUCCUGGAACAGCUGGCCACUGUCGGUUUUAGCAAGCUUUACUUACACAGAAGGCAACGGUGUAUUUGUUUGGGACUAUUUCCACCUGUGGAUUAACACACAGUCAGUGCUGUAGUCUGUGUUUCCGGGAGCAGUGCGAUUCACUCAAAAUAAAGUAUAGUGCCCAUAUUCAUGGUAAUGAAGGAACAUGUCACCCGGUGCAAUGUUGUUGCUCACUGAUGCGUUUUUAAUAGUGUUUGGACAACAGUGGAGCUCUAAGGCUCAGAGAAAGAAGAGAUAUCAGACAGCACUUGUCAGUAAAAACACUUCCUUGUUGAUUUUGGUCUUUUAAUGGGAUUGGUUGACAGCGAGAAAAAUACAGAUUAUCACCAGACUUACCCUGUGAAGCAAAGUAUCAGAGUAUCACCAAGUAGUUUCACUUUGAAGCGUUUAUUGUGUCAGUCAGUCUGUGUCCUACAAACAAAUCAUUCCUCAAACACAUAUCAUGUGGUGGGCAGCUCUUUUCUUAACGCUCAGUCACAGCUGAAGACUCUGAGAGACGCUGCCAUGUUUGUGUUGUGUGUCACAGCCAUUUCAGACAUUCUCCUAAUUCAGUAUCGAGGCCAGUGCUUGUAAUCACUUCGCACCUUCUGGUCGGUCAUUUGUCUUGUGGACUGAAUAUGAAAUAUGGAGUUAUUGGUUAUUCAUUUCUGUGAAGGAUCAACAGCUUAACACUAAAAGCAGUUUGAGUCAGUUCACUUUAAAGGAGAGGUUUUGUUUUUUAAAGAAAUUAGUUGCUGUCAACAACUUUUUUUUUUUUGCACUAGACACAAUCUUGGAGCUCCUCCAGUAACGGCCAUAGAGCAGAUGAAUAAGUGAAUUGUGUGUGCUCGGUGUAUUUGUGCCCAUUUGUCAGUCUGCAGUGCAACUAUCAAGCGAUUGUCCCUGACUGUAUGUGGCUCUUGUUGUCUGUAAAUACAUUUCAUGUCGCUCUGCUGAGUGGGAUUGUGAAUAUGUGCAGUAAUGCCAGAAAAGUCGAUCAGAAGCACUAAUAAAUUAUGCAAAUACUGUGUGUUUUACAUCCAAGCACCUACUGUAUUAUUAAAAUUCAUGUUGAAUUCACCUAG